AAAAUGUGCUCGCAGGGGAGGAGAGGAACAGGCCUGGAUCUUCAGCGCACGGGCGUUUUGGCUGCAGAAGGCGCAGCUGGGGAGCUUAUUUUGGGAGCACCGCAGGUCACCCAGCGGCUCGACGUGAUUAAUGACAAUACUCGCGCGAUUGCAUCUUUUUUUUCCAGUCGAUAGUUACCUGCUAUCAGAGUUUCGGACUCGCUAUCCAAGCCUUCCGUCGCUACGUCGAGCGCAUGAUCUUUGCGCUCAGGGGCCCUACAACAUUUACGGGUCGCGAAACAAUACCCAGCAUGCAGACCCAGACGGUACGCCCCGAAUCACUAAUAAUCGAAGGUGCUACCAAGACCACUCAUACAUGAGGCUAGACUGCUAUCGUCUGGCCUAUUUUAGCGUGGAAUGCUCUAUCAAUACCGAUCGUGUGCACUUCUUCUCUAGUCAGCAGGCCUACGAGAUCCCAAUGCCGACUUCAACCGAUUUCAAGGUUUCAAAGAGCCCUCCAGGACUCUUAUCGCGCCACAAUUAUACGAAAAGACGGUCUUGCGAGCGUCAAACCCCACUUACAGCGCGACGUGAAGCAAGUUCGAGUCGCACAGACCCGGGCGAUAAGUGGAGUGUUUGUGCCUCCGCCCUGUCCAAAACCAACCCCUCACGCGGAGAAUCAAACUAUAAACGUCGGGUAAGCUUGCCAGCUUUUUCAUCGCGAAACAUAUUGGUAGGGACCCGCGAAAAGAUCAUCGUGCUAAGCAAUGCCGCGCAAAUUCAACGAGGAUAAGCAUAUUCUGUUUCACCAUGGUGGGCCAACCCUUGCGUAGAUGUCAGCUCGUGGCGUUGUGCAACGAAACACAGCUGCUGCACGGUUUGAAUGUACCUGAAGCACGAUAACAGCUUGAGAGACAUCGUAGAGAAGUCUGAACACCUGCUGCAGCAGCAAUGGCACCACAAGCAAACGGUGGGUACGAUAUGAGGGGCCACCCCAGCAGAUAUUCGCUAGAAAUGGCA